CCUCCAUGCUGCUGCUGUUGCUGGUUUCAGGAAGCGGAAGCAGGAAUGUUGUGUGUGUGAAUGUGUUUUUACAAAAGUUUGGGCAGUUUUGACAGUUUGGGAUCAGAGACGCAAACGGCGGAGAAAAAUGAAGGUAUGUUACCUAUUGCAGAUCAUCAGUCCUCUGGCUGAAUGACCACAUCUACACAAGCAGACAUGGAGAGCGGAGUUCUGGGAAUGGAAACUAACACCACUACGGAUCCUUUAAAGACAGUCAGCAUGGCUCAUAAACGGCGACAGGCCUGGGCCGUAAGCAAAGACUCCAUUGGACAAGGAUCAAAAUCAGAACACUGUGACCUCGAGAUCGCCAGCUCGCUGCCUGAAUGCAGGACACCCCUCAGAGCCUCUCUAGAUGAUCAAAGUGCUUCUCCCAACAAAGGAGCACCGAGGAACGGCUGCAGCUUUGAAGAUGACCUUUUACUGGGAGCUGAAGCCAAUAAUCUUCAGUUCACUAACGAUAAAGCUGAAACCUGUUUUGGUCUUCCAGCGGAUCAGAAGAGGAGUCAGUUUAAAGAGAAGGGGAGAAGUAUGAACUCCACUGGAUCGGGGAAGAGUAGCAAUGUGUCCAGUGUUUCAGAGUUACUGGACUUGUAUGAGGAGGAUCCUGAGGAAAUUCUCCUAAAUCUGGGUUUUGGUCAAGAAGAGCCUGACUUGUCUGCCAAGAUUCCCUCCAGGUUCUUUAACAGCACCUCCUCAGCACGAGGCAUCGACAUCAAGGUCUACCUAGGAGCUCAGAUGCAACGCAUGGAACUGGAGAACCCCAAUUAUGCUCUUACCAGUCGUUUCCGUCAGAUCGAGGUGUUUACGACAGUUGCUAAUGAGUUUUUCCAGCUCUACAGUCAGGUUUCUGGACAGUCUGUACCACAAAUCACCUCCAAGGAACAAAGUGAGGGAAAAGAAGGAGGAAGUGGUGGAGAGGAGAAGCCUGCUCCCUUAAAGAGAAACAACUCUGCUCUGAACGCCGCCACUGUCUUCAAGAGAAGAGUCAGCAGACGUAAUCUGCUCGGGUCGACCUCCGAGUCACCUGACGCACCUAACCAGCACACGCAGCUAAACGGACAUGCAGCCAGCCCUGACAACGCCAAAGGUUCAGAGCAGGACAGCCACGGUACAGACUCUGACCAUCAGGGGGAUACGGUUAGCCAGAAACACUUCCGCAGGAAAGACAACGUUGCACUACCGACGGUUACCGAGGAAGCCAGCGGGGACAAAGAGACAGAGCGACUGGUAGACGGCAGUUCUGAACAGAGCAGAAGGGGACCUGAGUGUCGGCUACAGUUAGCUGAUCACCAGUCAGCCAACCAGAAACCAGAGGCGGAAGGAGCUCGGCUCAGCCUCCCCUUCACCCCCGACAAAGCUGUGUCCACCCUCACGCCGCCCCAGCUGGCCCAGCUCCGCACAGAAAACACCAACUCUUUUGACAUGGAAGAGAUUCAGACUAAUGACGAUGAGACUCUACCAGGCAGAACAUCCAGAACCACUGACCUUUCAAGGACUGUCAGUCAGCAGUCUGACAGCAGUGGUUUUGCUGAAGAGCCCUCUGUCGACAACAGCUACCUCAAGUUGCAGGAGAGUUGUGACAGCUGUGACAGCGAGACCACUGUGACAUCACACCCUUCACAAGAUGUGGCAACGCCUCAUGCACUGGACCAACCCAUGUUCGAGCUACCAGAUGGCAGACAGGAAGAGGCGGAGCCUGCUGGUGCUACAGAGGCUGAUGGGAGAAGAAACUCAAGAGAAGAGGACGUGCAUGAAGGGAGUUCAGAACAGUUUCCACAGUAUACGGCCCACCAUCUCCCCACAAACAGACUUACAGGAGACCAGCAGGAGGAGACUCAGGAAGGGGAGCAAGUCGAGGCUACGGACAGGACUGAUCCCAGCACAGAACCACAAACAGAUGGUACCCAGAGUAUGUCAGCUUCUGAGCCAGAACAACAACAUGAAUUAGAGCAAACAAGGAAUCAGUCAGAACAAGAACCACAACACACAGAGCAUCUGACUGAGACCAUGGCAGACAUGGAUGCACCCACAGAGGGAGAUAAGGACAAAGCCCCCACAGAGCACAAAAUCCAGGAUGAUUUUUGUUCACUUUAUCCUUCUCUUCCAGCCUCACCAGUUUUCAGUGCUCUAAACCGAGCCAAACAGAACCAGCUGAACCGGUCAGGCCAGCAAAUCAGUCCCCAGAUCAAUGAUGCACACCAAGCCCCAGGAGGGGGACGAGGAAGACGUGGUGUCUUUCCCAUGCAGAGGUCCUCCUCCCUGCCCUCAUCACUCCUCUCACCCAGAGUUGUGUCUUCUGUCAGGAUCCAGUUUGGACGAGGACAGACAUCCUGCACUACACCUAGUUACACCUAUAAAUAUGCUCAGGAUGGUGUAGAUGGCACAAAAGAAGAGGAGGCUCUUAAGGAGGAGGAGGAAGAGGACGGUGGGCAAAACAACUGUCUGUCGACUCUGAUUAUAAACCCCAGCUAUAAUGAGAAACUACCAGCUUCUGUCCCUCCUAAACCCAUCCCUCGCGACCUGAUGCGGUCAUCCUAUUCCCUGCAGAGCUCCAGCCCUCCUCCUGAUCUUUCAUUGGGAGACCAAGUCCCUUCCCAGAGUGUUCCAGAUCUUUCAUUUAGCCAGCGGCAGCCUAACCAGUUCCCACAGAACAUAGGCACCAACCAGAGGCAGCAAGGGUGGAAUCCAGCGCAGAUGAUCUCAAACCCCAGCCCUUUAGCAGUGUUCUCUGACCCCACCCCCAACCAUAGUCCAAGCUUUAACUCUAGCCCUUACCCCUUCAGUCUGAACCCUCAUCUACAGCAUCAUUAUGCAAGUCCUCCUAACCUCCACCACAACAAUUCUUUGAACCACUACUCUAGUCUAACCAGUCUGCACCAACCUACUACUUCCCCAGCCCCCACACAUGGCAGCCUCACCAAUUUGCAUCAGCACCAUCCUUCCCUAGCUCCUCACUUACAUCCUGUAACUCCCACAAUGCACCACCAGAGCUAUAACCAUCCAUAUAGUCAUCACUCACCUUAUCACACACCUCCUCAGUUUGCCUCACCUUAUCUUGGAUACCAUGGGUACACCAUGAACCCCCACUUGCCGUUCCCCCACCCUGUCACUCAGUAUCCACCACCGGCUCUAGAACCCAGCCUCCAUCCGGGCUUAACUCAUUCUGCUCCAGGCUUGCUUCCCGGCCUGGGAUCUCUCCACAGCCCGGCUCAGAACUUUCACCCUGGUCUCACUCCUGCUGCUCCAGGUUCAGGACCUAGCCAUACUCCAUCCAGCACAGAGAUGCAGCUGAGGAGGGUCCUGCAUGAGAUCAGGGGAACAGUUCAGAGUCUGAAUCAGAGCCAAGAUGACCCUCCAGGUGUGUUCGGUGACCACAGAGCAGCUGCUCCCACCCACCAGUCUUUGGCAGAGUUUCAGCAGAAGAGGCAAUGUCUGAACGUCUUCCGCAAUCAGAUGACGGACCUCGAGAUGUCAAUCAUGCGACAACAGGCUCUGGUGUAUAAACACCUGAGCCCCGCUGACAGGCUUGAGAUAGAGCAUCUUCAGUCUCUGAGAUCAGCGGUAAGAGAAGAACUCCAGGAGCUGGAACAACAGCUGGAAGACAGACUGAUAGAGCUAACACGGCACUCGCGCUACAAAGGUCUUCAUAGAGGCAGUAGUGUUGACAGUCUGUCCACCUCAUCUGCACUGAGAGCCAUGGAGCCGAUGUCAGACCUCCUCAGGGAGCAGUUUUUCCUCCAAUCAGAGCUCAGCUAUGACGGCCGCGCCCCCUCAACAGACCCUUCCACUCGCUCCUCCAGUCCGGUCAGAGGAGAGGGAAGAGUAGAUGUCAAGCAGAGGCCAGAAGUGUAUCGGGCAUCAAUCAGCAUAACCCCUGCUCCUCCUCCUCGUCCCAACAUGAAUACAGAGGAAGAAGAAGGGGAAAGGAGGAGGGACAGCGAGGGCGUUGAGGGAGGAAAAGUGGGUGGGGAAGAGGAGGAGGAAGAAGCAGCCGGAAGAUUCAAAGUGAACAACUUUCAGCAGCUCAUCCAAGAGAUUCGAGAGAGCGUUGCAAAGGAGGUCCGACGAGAGAUCUACAACGAGCUGCUGGCUGCCGCAUCUCCACGGAGCUCACCCCACCCUGCCAGGCAACCUCACCCAUAGUCCUGACAGCAGCAGAGCACCGCUCCUUUCACAUCCAGCCUUAAUAACCACAACCUGAUCAACACCACUGUCUUGUCUGUAACACUGUAUAGCGGAGUAACACUGUGGAACACUGUGUCUGUAACACUGACGAUGAACCAAACACGCCAUCUACAUGUGAUAAACCCCACCCACUCCACCUGUGAUUCCCCCUGCUGCUGGUAAAGAGCUUGUAAUUAGUGAGAGGAAUGAGGAAACAUGAGGAAUCUGUUUCCUUUUGUUGAGGUGGUGUGAUGCAUGUUGGGAAAGCCAGUCUGGAUGAUGAGGCAUUUUCUAUUUCUCAUAUCCUGUUUCCCUCUUUUAUAAACUCUUGUGGACAAACUGGUACUACUGCCACUAAUACUACUAGUGCUGCUGCCGAUGCCCCUCUACUAAUCCCAGUCCUGUGAAUAAUGUGCUUCAAGUUAUUUUGAUCCCAGUCUCCUAGAUCAGGAACAGAGUCCAUAAUAUUAUAAAUAGUAAUCAGCUUUUUUUUUUUUUUAAAGUUUUUCGAACUGUAUGUUUUGCAAGUUUAGGAGAAAAUUAUUGUUUAAAAAAAAACCAAAACAAAACAAAAAAAAACAAACCACACAUAUCACAAACUGAAUGUAGCCAGUAUUUAAAAGUGCAUCAAAGAAAAUACUGGUUCAUCCUAAUUUAAAAGAUAAAAUAUAUAAUUGCUCUCUUCCUGCUGUUGUUCAGAUUUUAAGACCUCUGUUUCUUAAGAUUUGUGCUUCUUGCUCUUAAGUAUUAAACAAUACACUUGAAUUUAUUAUGGGCUCCUCACAGUAAUGAAAGUUGGCAUUUGAAUGAUUUUACUGUCGCGCUAAAUAAUCCAGUUUUUAAAAGCACAAUGCAAGAAUAAACUGAAAACAGUGUGGCUAUUGUUGGGAGGUUAAUGCAUGAAAAUAAGGGUUAAGUUUCACAAUGAGAUAAAGGAUUGUAUGUUCAUAUCAGCUUUUAAUGCUGUGAGCACCACAAAAGGAUAUUAUGUCCCACUUGUUGAUGGUGUUGGUGGUAAAGGUUGUAGAGACAUAUUUAUAUUUUCCAUUAAUUGAGCCUGUAACAUGUCUUAAGACCUUAAAAAAGCCUUAAUUGUCCCAAAAUGUCUACACUUGUGCCUUCUUGUGAGGAUUUGUAUUUCUUAAUCUGUGACAAGCCAGAUAAAGUCAAACAGGGCUUAUUUUUCCAUUCAACGCUAUUCAUUCCAUACCCAUUUCAACUUAGUAGAAAAGGGUUAAAGAUAGUUUUAAAGUCAACAUUUGCAUUACGAUACAUCAUCAUCACCAUCAUCAUUAUCAUCGUCAUCAUACUUCUGCUCCUUUCAUCUCCUACCGGUUGUCUCAUCAAACAAUCAAAGGAUUUAAAUAUUUAAAGUACAACAACUUUAACAUUUUAAAACCUGCGUUAAAAUUAUAAAACACUUUGGAUGAAUGGAUGGAUGAACAGAAGUCAGGACAUAAUAAUUUGACCAAUAGCAUUUGCAUCUGCACCUGCUUAAUAAACAAGAUGUAGCUAAGAAAAUCCCAUUUUUAAAUUAAUAAAAGGUGCUUUGUUUUCGGUUUUGAAAUUAUUCUAGCCGUUUCCCCUUAUUUCCAGUCUUUGUGCCAAGCUAGGCUAAAAACC